AUGUCGUCCGGAAACCCGUUCCGCCUUUCUCAAGCUCCCCGUCAGCCCGCGCCCGUCCCGCAGACAUCCUUCAUCAACACGGAUAGCAGUGUGCUUGAAGCGCGCAGGGAGGACAGCGACCAUGUGCUCGAAGAUGCCGCCCCGCCCUCGACUGGCAAGACCAAGAAGUCUGUCCGCAUUCUCUCGCCCACUACCACGAUUCCACCGCCCAUCUUUGACGACUCAGAUGCGACCUUGAACGAGCUUAUGGCCCGGCGAUCGAGCCAAGGUCGGCCUGCAAGCCCACCGCCUCCCGUAACACCCGCCGGCUUUGUCAACAACUCUGUCACCGCGGGUGAAGCCAAUGCCCAAGUUGUCGGGAAAGACGCCAUGGCAAUAGCGGACGCGUCCACAAACCCGAGACCAACCUUCGGCGAGCCGCUGGCGAUGCAAUCGCCAGGUAACGUACCAGCGAAUCCAUUCUCGAGAACACUGGCCUCGUUAGAACCCCAAGACAAGGAGAGCGAGGAGGAGCGGACGAACACGGGAAGACCGAUGCUAGGCAACAGCAGAGCUUCCUUGGAUGUAGAGAGCUUCAAAAAUCUACUCCUGACCGGAAAGGCUACUCCGCGACCAUCCGGCCCGCCUCAGCAGUCUACGAGCGCAUCACAACCGGUCGCAGGCGCGCAAUUCGAGACCAGUAGUAGCACGGAUACCUCCUCGGUCUCACGACAAUCGCUAUUCGAGCCCAUACAAGAAUCCCACGCUGAUUCACCGCGUACCUCGGUCGAUAUGGCCGAUUCGGAAGAGGACGAAAGCAUGGGGCUAGUCUCCGAGGUGAAGAAGGGCAAGAAGAAGCCCCCACCUGCUCCCAAGCAUCGACACGGAAAGCUUGUUACGCAGAGACAGCCACAGACAGUGUCCUUUGAGAGCUUUGCAGCGACAGAGCCAACACCACCGCCGGCUGUUAGACGUACAGACAGCUCGGAUACAAACAAGCCGCUCCCUCCGACUCCUAUUGCUCCGCCGCAGUCAUCCCAUAUCAGCACGCAAGAUACCACCUCGCUACAACCCCAACCAACCCCACCAGCACAAGACCAGCCUUCGCCGCCUCCAGAAAAGAGCACAGGAAGUAACAUGCCGCCACCUCCGCCUCCACCAAGACGUCGAUCAAAUCGCUCGAGCCUUGAUCAGCAAAGGCCUCAAGUAUCCUCUUCGUCUCCCACAGAAAGCCGACGGACGAGCACGGAGUACCGCCGUACAAGCACAGAGCACAGACGGACGAGCGUAGCCAGCGAAAGCUCAUUGAGAAGGGAAUACGCGCCUGCAGACGAGAAAGGUGGGAACGAAUAUGCUUUAUACUCGCCAAUGGAAGAGAGUGAGAAGAAGCUAGGUCUCGAUGAAAAUAUGGCUGGUGGGAAGGAGGGCGAGGGAAGAAGCGAUUCGAGUAACAUCCUCGACGAUAUGGAAAAGUUCCAACGCGAGAUCGACGAGUUGAGGACGAAGUAUAAACAAACGGGGUAG